AUAAAACGCAGUAACCUUAGGAAGCUGUGCGGCAGCGCUUGAUCACCACCACUGAUCAGUGAUCACCAGCACAGAUGUUUUGACAAUUGUUUGAUUCUUUUUGCCGGGUCAUAAAACAUCGUCCAACAAUGUUGGUACAACAAUUUAUUUGUGGAUAAUGUCUUACGGAUAUUUGAUUCGUUUUUGUAGCUUUUCAUGACAAACCUGUGCGUCGGUACCCCAACUGUUAAAAUUUGCGUGUCAAUCAUAACGAGAUACAGAAUACCAGUUGGUAAAGACAAGCUAGUCUAAUCGCAUACCACAAAUUUACAAUACUGAUCACCACUCAAAGCUUUUGUUCAAUAACAUUUGUCUCAUUAAUUCAAUUUCUCAUUAUUGCUACUAGGCUACCGGCUCCACCCCUUCUUCGGGUGGUGUGUGAAUGUAUUUUGCGACUUUUAACCAAACAGUCGCCUUGAAAAAAACACACCACAACAAAGAAGUAUAAAAACUACUUGGAUGUGUUUGCAUGAACAGUUGCCUGUGUUAUUCUAUAAUUUAUAAACAGCGUGAUCAGACGAGGGUGGGUUUGAUAUCGAGCAUGGGAGAAACAAAAGGGCGGAUGGAGGCAGCAAAUUAAGAGAAAGAUCGGUUCGUCUUGCAGAAAAGCCUAAGAAAAGAUGGCAAUUGCAACUGAGGUAAAAGCAGCUGUUAUCUUUCUCAUUGCUCUGGCUGCAAUUGUUGGACUUUUGGUUGGUAUCUACUUUGCCCUUAAGAAAGACUUAUGUAAUUGUCAUGGAGGUUCAAAAAAUAAUGAUGAAGAGGAAGAGCUUGUAGAUGAAGAAACAGAGGGUGAAAAGACAGGUAAAGAGCCCAUAAAUGGUGUUAUAGUGGCAGACCCAAAAAAUGAUGAACAUCCCGAGAAGACUGUAGAUGUUAAAGAAGAGCAAAACACAGAGGACAGUGAAAAAUUGUUGGUGCCAGAAAUUAUUGUGACUGAAUCUUCAUUCCGCGCAGAAAAGCCUCCAAAGAGGGCAUCUUCAUUCAAGUCAGUUUUUAAAAAGAUCACGAAGCCUAUAGGAAAGGUAAGAUUUGGUGGUGUUUCUUCAAAAGCUGCCCCUGAAAAUUUUCCACUCACCUCUGCUGAUGAGCAAGGCUAUGGUGCAAUGCAAAGGUCCGAUUCAAUGGAGAGUUUUCUAUCAGGGGUGUCAGUUGUUUCAGAGAAUAUUGAAGAAUUCGGACCAGAGGUGUCACCAGGUCGUUUGCAAGUUUCCUUGGAAUAUGACAAAAGAAACUGGACAUUGAUUGUUGGUGUUAAACAGGCAGAUUGCUUAUUGCAUACAGGAAAGGAGAAAGUUUAUUGGCAAGUUCAUGUAACAUUUUUGCCUUUCAAAAAACAUCGCUUCAAAACCAAGUACAAAUCCACAUCAACGCCCAUGUUUAAUCAAACAUUUGAAGUCGAUGAAAUAGCUGAACAAGCUCUAAGUCAGCUUGCUGUUAGGUUCAGAGUUUACGGAAGACUGGGAAAGACAGGAAAGAAAAAACUUGCAGGUGAAAGCAUAGUUGAUUUAGACUUAAUGCAAGGUGCCCAAGGUAAGAAGACUGAAUGGCAUAUCUUGAAACGAGGGAAAACAGGACCAGGUGGUAAAUUGGUGUAGUAAUUUGUUGUUGACUAACAUGAUUUCUAUUUAGGCUAGAUCUUAUAACUGUUUUAUACCUGUUGUUACGCAUCUGUCUAUACGGAAUUCGGUUUUCGUGAAAGGGCUAUUUAUUCAAUCGAUCUCAAAAAAAGAUUUCACUCAAGUUUUGCAAUCCAUUCCGGAAAAGAAGUAGAACAACUAUUACAAAUUAUGUUUAUGUGCGGAUAUGCUCAGAGAGAUGUUCUUCAAUAUUUUUUAAGAAAUUAGCUUUUCUUGUUUCUUUGAAUUCAAAUUUCUUUAUAACUGUGUCUAUCAGUGAGACGUUGAAGCAUCUUAAGUUUACCAUAAAAUAAACCAUGGAAUAAGAAUAAUUUUCGGUAAGAACUAGAGACCUCGGGAAUCGAGGGGGGUGAAUGCAUUUGUAUUAUUUUCCAAUGCAAGCCUGACUUGUAAAAAGUAAGCGCCGUUCCAUUUUUGUUUUUGGAUAGAUUUGAAACAAACACUCCUCAAUGUGUUAGGCUUGUUUGAAGUCCUUCGGAAUUUUUUCGUAAUUUUGUAGAUUUGUAUUGUUAAUAUCAAUAAAUUAAAAAAUUCGUAUUUACUUUAGAAUUAGCAGUGAACAACUAGCCGUUUCUUGGUUUUGUAAACAAAAUGAGGACGUAUUUAAAUCAAGUUUAGGCCGCUGUUGUUUCAAGUUUAUCCUAUUUACAUAUUGUAGCUGGCGGUUGAAGCAGAAAAGAUAACAUCAUUCUUAAUCUUAUAAUUCCUGUUAUGGUGAUUAAUUUGUCAUUCUAUCUAAGUCGAAACUGGGCUUAUGUUUUGAAAAUCAAGCAAAUGGUCUUGCAAGCGAACGCUUUGUGAAACUCUUCCCCAAACGUUGCCUGAAUCUCUGUUCCUGUCAAAAAGAAUUCUAACAGGCUGAAGCAUUUUAAAAUAAAACCCAAAGUAGUUUAAAGUCAUUCUCUAAACAAAAAUUUUACUUCAAGUGAUCCUUCAUCCUUCGUAACGAGAAAUGUCUGCUGUACGACCAUGCAAAGUGAAUUUCCUUGCAUAUUGAAACCAGUGGCGGCGCCAAGGGGUGGUAUGGGGGUCUAUAUAUGGUCUAUAUAUUUCUUCUAAAAGUGGAUUAAAAAGCGCUGGGUAGGGGUAGAUCAAAUUUCCCAAGGAAAGGGACGAAUCACUGGAACGAGGCAAAAUGGGUGUGGUCACACUGGCCACGCCUAUUACCCUCCCACUCUGUAAUAGUUGGCGCCGCCACUAAUUGAAACCUUGUUCAUGAUGUAUAAAUUUAUUUUGAUUUAUCAUUGCACAGUUUUUUUGGUGAGUUAUUAAACCAGUUGCUCUAAAAAUGAGACAUCCUAUCCUGAUAUUUAAAGCUGCCGUAGUUGGUAUCCUUUUUACUGUUUAAAUUUGCACUUACGCUUUGUGAAUCCUUCGAAGCUUUAUCUAACUGACGAUCAAUACAAUUCUUUUAAUAUUUUAGUUUUAAUUUGAAAUUAGAUAUUAGGAUUAUUUAUUCUGUCUAUUUUUGAUUGGUGUUUAUUUUGUAGUAAAUGAAUGUUCUGAUAUAAAAUCUUGUAAAUUCAA